AUGCGGUUUCUCUGGACCCUCUUCCUCGCUGUUUCCUCCUUUGCUACCAUAGCAAAUGCAUAUGACGACCCACUAAUACAGCUCGACUAUGGCUCUUUCCAAGGCAAAUACGACGCAGCCUAUAACCUCUCCUACUUCCGAAAGAUCCCCUUCGCAGCACCUCCCACAGGCGAAAACCGCUUCCGUGCUCCUCAGCCCCCGCGGAAAAUUACAGAUGGCAUUUACGACACAGAUCAGACCUUCGAUAUGUGCCCCCAGCGCACGGUCAAUGGCUCGGAGGAUUGCCUAUACCUCGGUCUCUUCUCUCGACCGUGGGAUACGUCCAAGGAUAUCCGCAGACCGGUGUUGGUCGUGUUCUACGGCGGCGCAUUUAUCGAGGGCGAUGCUGCGUUUACCAUGCCGCCGUCUUCGUUCCCGAUACUGAAUGUCAGCACGUUGAACGAUUACGUUGUGAUAUACCCGAAUUACCGACUCAAUGCGUUUGGCUUCUUGCCCGGAAACGCGAUCAAGAAGUCCUCCAUGUCUGAUUUUAACCCUGGAUUACUGGAUCAGCAAUAUGUCCUGAAAUGGGUGCAGAAUAAUAUCCACCACUUUGGCGGUGAUGCGCGCAAUGUUUCGAUCUGGGGCCAGUCUGCCGGUGCAGGGUCCGUCGUGGGACAGGUGCUUGCCAAUGGAAGAAAUGGCAAUCCAAAGCUUUUCUCAAAGGCUCUUGCUAGUUCACCGUUCUGGCCAAAGACAUAUGCGUAUAAUGCACCCGAGGCGGAAGCUAUUUUCAAUCAACUCGCCAAUCUAACUGGCUGUGCGGAACACGGUCAUGACCAGCAGGUUCUAGCCUGUCUAAAAUCAGUCGAUGUUCAAAAGAUCCGUGAUGCCAGCCUGAUCAUCGAUGCAGAUCAUACAUGGACCACAAGCUCAUAUACAUGGGCCCCCGUCAUCGACGGCGAGUUCCUAGCCGAUACCCUGACCGAAGCCGUGAGUAGCGGCACGCUGAACACGGAGUUUGUUUGGGGUAUGUAUAAUACCCACGAGGGACAGAACUUUAUACCUUCGGGUCUGCAAAAAGAUGUCACUACGAACGGGUACAAUUCCUCGAUUAUGAGUUUCCACCAGUGGGUUACCGGGUUUUUGCCUGGGUUGUCGGCGAAGCAGAUCGGUCUAGUCGAGAACGUGUAUUACCCUGUGAAUGGGAAUACUGAGACAAUUGAUGAGUAUAACACGACGUAUAUUCGGGCGGGUUUGAUCUACAGGGAUGUUGUUCUUGCGUGUCCGGCGUAUUGGAUUGCGUCGGAUGCGCAGAGGAGGGGGUAUGUUGGGGAGUAUACUAUUUCGCCGGCGACGCAUGCAAGUGAUACUAUUUACUGGAAUCAGAUCAACGCGGUGCAAACUACGAAUCCCGUCGUGUACGAAGGAUAUGCUGGUGCCUUUGCGAGCUUCUUCCAGACGGGUGAUCCGAAUGCGCACAAAUUGACAAACUCGUCGCAGCCGGGUGUUCCGGAAUUGCAAAGCACCGGGGAAGAGUUUGUGAUUGUGGACCAUGGAUUUGAAAAUGUUCGCCUUGAACAGCUGCAGAGGCGGUGCGACUUUUGGCGAAGUCUGGGGAAGAAAAUUCCUAUUUAA